AUGAGCGUGGAAAUCAUGUUCAGGAAGUUCCACAAAAUGAAGAUAUUGCAUAAAAUCUUUGAAGAAAUAAGAACUGUUCGAUGUUUAAGGCCUUCGAUCGAACAAAAAGUUAUGUUUGUGGCCAGUUCUUCAAAAGUCGUGAGGUUGAAAAGUGAUCAAAAUAUUCUGAUUGAAAGCUUCAAAAAACGCUCAAAUUUUCAAUCUUUUAUAUUAUUUGGAUGA